CUACAUCUGUUGCGUCGACUGACUAUCAUUUCCCCUCCAUUGACGCUGCCCAUAACUCUUACAGGACUCUCAUACACUUGCUGACCCAUUUUUCGCUAUGGUAUUCGGCCUUCUCUGCAGGUGGGCAUGUAACAUUUGCUCUUACCUAUACCCAGCAUAUGCAUCCUACAAGGCAUUAUCUAUCCACCCAGAAAGCUCACCCGAAGCGAUGGCUCAAGUGGAGAGAUGGUUGAUGUACUGGGCAGUGGUUGGGACUUGGACAGCUGUUGAAGCUAUAAUCGGGUGGACUAUUACAUGGAUGCCGUUCUACAGUCUUAUUAAGACUUUUGUGUUCCUUUCUUUGUCGUUGCCACAAUUUGAAGCCUCCACAUAUAUCUACCGUUCUCAUCUCUCACCAUUUUUUCAGGAGCACGAGCAAGACAUCGAUGCCUUCCUCGCUUCUUCACGCAGUCGCGCAGGCUUUGCUUUGGUGGAAAGCGUGGGUUGGAUUUGGCAAAAGGCAAAGGUUCAGCUCAACAUUACGUUGCCUGAUGAGCAGCUUCAAGCGGCUGCCAUGUUGGCUCAAAACCAAGGUCAAGGCCGACCUAAUGAAGGAGGUUAUCCUGCUCAGGAUGUGCACCAACCUCCUACUCUUUCUGACCCUGCGUCCGGUGCUCUUCAGACGGCGUUGCAUUUUGUUUCAAAUUAUGCUGGGAGAUACAUGCCGGUUGCCCUCACAGCCCUUUCCGCUGCGGCAGCUUCAGCUAAAGGGCAAGCUGGCGAAUCUCAAGGAGGCGCCUCAUCAAGUAUCACACCACAAUCCCGUGCGACUCAGAUGCCUCAGCAGAUGACCAUGCCCGUCCCUGUCCCGACUCCUCCUGUCCAUCAGCAGCAAUCUGACCCCUCUUUGCGUUCCCGCGCUUUUAUGCACGCAUCCAGCAAUAACAGUGCAGGCCAAUAUCCAAGCCUGAACAACCUCAAGCAGCAACAACAGUAUCAAGCGCUUAGCUCCGCUAGGUCUCCUCCCCAAGGCUUUUCGGGCAGAUCCGCAUCAGGUCCUGCAGGUCCUGCACGGAUGUCUCAAUCCUCGUCACGCAGUUCAGAUGAGUCUCUCGGCUCCAGAUAUGAAGGAUAUGAGCAAAUUGGGAAGGACGAGCUACAAGAAAUGAAUAACUCCAGGUCACGGAUGCAGGGAAAGAAGAAUUGGUUUGGAUGGGGUGGACCCGCUGGCAUGAAUGAUGACAGGGAUGACAGGGAUAAGAUCGACUAAGGCCUUCCUUAACGUGUAUGCUUGCGAAUGCUUUACGCGCCUUGCUCAGUGUAUUUACAAUAACUCCUGUAUCUCAAUCUGUGUGUAAAUAAAUGUACAGUGUCCAUUCACAGUAUGGAUGAAAGUCUGCAUUUUGGAUCCUGACUGUCCUUCCAUUUGACACUUAUCUAGAAUCGAUACUGCCCCACGCAGAGACAGGCGACUGUCU